AUGUCCAAGAAGCACCUGCUGGAAUGGUUCUAUGCCAUGGCCCUCCUGGGACUGGCAAAACAAAGUUUCUGGUGGAACUUACCGAGCCUUUCUUUGCGUCAAAAGACCUCCAUUAGACCCUUGCCGUGUUUAUCAACCAAUCGUUCAGUAGAUGAGUUGGCAGUUCAGUUGCAGAGAGCACUACUCGAAGUCAGUACUGGAUACGUGGUCUACCACGUCCUGCUCGAGCUCAAGAUGUUGGAUGAGGAUGAGUUUGCUGAGGAUCUCGCCCUAAUGCACCUUGCUUCGACCGUUCGAAGCCAAUGGGUCGAAGAAUAUCGCACCACUUUCGACUGCAUCCGAGACUCUCGCGUCACAGAAGGAUCUCUGCCUCUGCCACUGGGUCGAAGAAUGCUUCAGAAAGGCCGUUUAGAAGAAGCAGGUAACGGCGAUCCGGGUCCUGAUCCUCAGACUUUCGCAAACUUUCGCAAAAAAUUCCUUCGCAGACAAGUCAAAGAAUUACGAGAAGCUACUCUGCGUCGGGCUGCCGCAGUUUGCGCUACACUGGCUGUAGCUGUAUCUCCUAAGGUUUCAGCAGUGCGGAUGGGAUGGCCCUUGUUGGUGAUGAGCGUCAACUUCGCCCAGUCUUCGAGAGACCUCGCCAAUACACUCAUUUCCGCCCACAGUCUGAAAUGA